AUGUCUUCGCCGUCAGGCAAGGGGGGCUCAACCACACACUCACUCCUUAUUCUCCUCGCAAUGUACAGCUUAGCAAACUUUGUCCUCUUCGUGGGAUCGUUGGUCGCGUGGAAGAAGGCCGAGGGCCAGACAGUUGAUGGACGUUGCAACAUCCAAGGCAUUUCCUGCGGAAUCUCCGCCUGGGCCAUUUAUCCUUUUCUGGCGGCUGCCGGCCUGACCUCUAGUUUCGUAGCAAUUCUAAUGUUCACCCAUGGCCUUUUGCGCACAAUGAAGGCUCGUCUGGAUCCUCUGUAUGUGGUUCGUGGCGUCUUUUUCACCUUGAUACUUCUGGUGCCAAUCGUUGUCGUUGGCUGGUCAAGCUCGCACUACAUUUACCACGACGACGAAGGAGAAAAGUUUAACUUGGCAAACCUGGUCGAUACCAGAGGGAAUCGGUAUCCUCACAUUGAGGCCAGCCCAGGGAACUUCGGAAACGGGAAUAUGUCCUCCUAUCGGUUUGUAGAUAUGGGCGGUGCAUUUAUUCUCUCGACGCUAACGCACGUUUCCGGGACGGCUUUCGCCAUUGCAAUGGUACAUAUCAACAUGUCAGUGGAACUGUCUGAGAACAGGCUGGUUUCGAUGCUAAUGCCUUCUCAGCAUGUUUGA